GCCAGAGUACUGCUGAGCGUAUUCCAGGUGGUGGAGCGUGGAUGCUGAUGGGGGACGAAAAAGAGACCUGGAAAGUUAAAACUCUUGAAGAAAUACUACUGGAGAAAAAACGCAGAAAGCAACUCGAAGAACGAAUCGAUACCAAGCACCAAAAGAAUAUUUCCCAGAGCGUUGUUCCACAGGCGGAUGCUCGGGAAGCCAAACGAGAGACCCCGGAGGAAGGAGAACUACGGGACCAAAGGAUGGAAAUAACAAUUCGCAAUUCCCCCUACACCUGUCAAGAUUCCACAGAGGACAGAGGAGAGGAAGACGAUUCUCUAGCUAUUAAGCCUCCACAGCAAGUUGCAAGGAAAGAAAAAUCUCACCACAGAAAGGAGGAGAAGAGAAAAGAGAAAAGACGCCAUCGCAGUCACUCGGCUGAGGGAGCAGGGAAGCAUGCACGGGCCAAAGAUAAAGAGAGGGACCGCGAUCGCAGGAAGCGUCAGUGGGAAGAAGACAAAGCUCGGCAAGACUGGGAGAGGCAGAAACGAAGGGAGCAGGCCAGAGCUCAUUCACGCAGAGAGAGACCCCGACUGGAUUCUCCUGGGUUUUUUUUGGACCACAGGGACCGUCUGGAACAGCAGGAGCGGCAGCGGGAGCGCGACAGAAAACUGCGUGAGCAGCAGAAAGACCAACGAGAGCUGAAGGACCGAGAAAGGAGGGCCGAUGACCGACGCAAAGAACGAGAGAGUCGACGAGACGUUCCUUCACACCACCGGAUGUUACCAGACGAGUAUGGUGAGAAGCCGAAACAAAGUCACCGCAGCCGCAGUCCUGCCCAUGUUCCUCGGGAGAGAACGGAACCCGGUGAACUACGAAAAAAUACAUCAAAGGAGGAGAGGCCUGAGGUUCAAGACCUGCUUGCAGACCUCCAAGACAUCAGUGACAGUGAAAGGAAAACCAGCUCUGCUGGGUCUUCCGCAGCAUCAAGAUCUGGCUCUGAGGAGGAAGAGGAGGAGGAAGAGGAGUCCAGCAGCAAGUCUGAUGGUGAAGAUGAUGAAGGAGAGGAGGAGGAGGAGGAUGAGGAGGAGGAGGAGGAGGAGGAUGAGGAGGGAGAGUCAGUCUCAGGCUCAGAUAGGUCUGAGCAGAGUGCAGAGGACGUGAGUGAGGAGGAGCAGUCAGAGGAGGACUUUGAAGAGGAGCAGGAAAAUGGAAAUCAUAUACCUGCAGUAACAGAAUCCCGCUUUGACCACGACACAGAGGAAAGUGGUGAGGAGAUGGAGGACGAGGAGGAAGAAGACGCAGGUGAUGGUGACCCUACGCCUCAAUCGCAGACUCACUCACGCUCCCCCACACCUGAGGGAAACUAUAUUCCUGACUCACCCCCAAUUUCACCUGUGGAACUGAAGAAGGAGCUGCCCAAAUAUUUACCUGCUUUACAGGGUUGUCGCAGUGUGGAGGAAUUCCAGUGUCUGAACCGAAUUGAGGAGGGGACGUAUGGUGUGGUGUACAGAGCGAAGGACAAAAAGACAGAUGAAAUCGUUGCAUUAAAAAGGCUUAAGAUGGAGAAGGAGAAGGAGGGUUUCCCCAUCACAUCUUUGAGAGAAAUCAAUACCAUAUUGAAAGCUCAGCACCCCAAUAUCGUCACAGUGAGGGAAAUAGUUGUUGGAAGCAACAUGGACAAGAUCUACAUUGUGAUGAACUAUGUUGAACAUGACCUCAAGAGUCUGAUGGAAACCAUGAAGCAGCCUUUCCUCCCAGGAGAAGUCAAGACGCUGAUGAUUCAGUUGCUUCGAGGAGUCCGUCAUCUCCACGAUAACUGGAUUCUCCACCGGGACCUGAAGACGUCCAACCUGCUGCUUAGCCACAAGGGCAUUCUUAAGGUUGGUGACUUUGGUUUAGCCCGUGAGUAUGGAUCGCCCCUGAAGCCCUACACUCCUGUUGUGGUGACCUUGUGGUACAGAUCACCAGAGCUGCUGCUCGGAGCCAAGGAGUACUCCACAGCUGUCGACAUGUGGUCUGUGGGCUGCAUAUUUGGCGAGCUCCUCACCCAGAAACCUCUUUUUCCUGGAAAAUCUGAAAUUGACCAAAUGAAUAAAAUAUUCAAGGAUUUGGGGUCACCCAGUGAGAAAAUCUGGCCAGGCUACAACGAGCUGCCUAUUGUGAAGAAGACGUCCUUCACAGAGUAUCCCUACAAUAACCUGCGAAAGCGCUUUGGUGCGCUGCUUUCAGAUCAGGGCUUCGAUUUAAUGAACAAAUUUCUCACCUACUGUCCCAGUAAGAGGAUCCUGUCCGACGAGGCGCUCAAGCACGAGUACUUCCGCGAGACUCCGCUGCCCAUCGAACCGUCCAUGUUCCCUACCUGGCCAGCUAAGAGCGAGCAACAGAGGGUAAAGAGAGGCACCAGCCCUCAGCCACCCGAGGGUGGCCUUAACUACAGGAAACUGGGGGAUGACGACCUCAAAGACACUGGCUUUCACCUGACCACCAGCAAUCAGGGAGCAUCUGCAGUCGGUCCUGGAUUCAGCCUCAAGUUCUGAGCUCUUCCCCGUGGCUGAGAAAAAAGAGUGCACGCGCAGAACGCUUCCACCGGACUGAACUGAAAAGCAGAUCGAUAUGCGAUCAAUGCGGACUGUUGACGAGGACUGUCUCACAGCACGAAUGGUGGCUUUGGCGAAAAUGUUCCAGUCUCCUACGCCUCUUUACCGUAUCCAAUGGGAGUUAGAUUACCUAGAUUCACUUUUUUACUUCGAGAGGUGAAGAUGGAGCUACUGUAUAAUGAUGCAGAAUUUGCUCUCCAUCUGACAGCCACUCACAAAUAUCUGUUCACUCAAAUGAUAAGGUAUAUUUCUUUUGCUAGAAAUAAAGAAGAAAGAAACUGUUUUGUAA